UUAGGAGAUUGCUCCAGGCCCAAGUGAAAAACAGGCCCGUCGGCCGUCUCGAAGUGAAAAUCAAACCAUUCGAACGACAAGGUGACGUGGCGAGAAUCUGAGAAACGAUAAGGUGUGUCUCCUCCGACUCUCUCGUCAUCGUCUGAGCUUACCUAACUCCAGUUAAUGGCGAUGUCGACGACUACACUCUUCCAUGCACUUGUUCCUUCCAACACUUACAAAUCCAGAGCUGUCUCCUCUUCCUUCGUCUCAGUUCCUCGCUCCUCAACUCCACCUUCUUCGCCGUCUCUCCAGUUCCGCUCGCUUGUUUCAGACACGACGUCGAUCUACGGUCGGAGGAAAUUUACCGGCAAUCUCAGAAGAGUAUCCUUAACCGUCUCCGCCGCCGCAGCAGCUGAGCCUCUCACCGUCCUCGUCACCGGUGCCGGUGGCAGAACAGGGCAAAUCGUGUACAAGAAGUUGAAGGAGAGGUCGGAUCAGUUCGUGGCGAGAGGCUUGGUGAGGACGAAAGAGAGCAAGGAGAAGAUCGGUGGAGAGGACGAAGUGUUCGUCGGUGAUAUUCGAGACCCUGAAUCCAUUGCUCCUGCUGUGCAAGGGAUUGAUGCUUUGGUCAUUCUUACGAGCGCUGUACCGAAGAUGAAACCUGGUUUUGAUCCUAGCAAAGGAGAGAGACCUGAGUUCUACUUUGAAGAAGGAGCUUAUCCUGAACAGGUUGAUUGGAUUGGUCAGAAGAAUCAGAUAGAUGCUGCUAAGGCAGCAGGAAUUAAGCAGAUUGUUUUGGUGGGGUCGAUGGGAGGAACAAACAUAAACAACCCCUUGAAUAGCAUUGGCAAUGCCAACAUUCUGGUUUGGAAGAGGAAAGCUGAGCAGUACUUGGCUGAUUCCGGUAUUCCGUACACCAUCAUCAGGGCGGGCGGUCUGCAGGACAAAGAAGGUGGCAUUCGAGAAUUAAUUGUGGGAAAAGAUGACGAGAUUCUAGAGACAGAAAUGAGAACAAUUGCAAGGGCUGAUGUUGCUGAAGUCUGCGUUCAGGCGUUGCAGCUCGAGGAGGCAAAGUAUAAAGCACUUGAUCUGGCCUCAAAGCCUGAGGGAACAGGCACCCCAACAAAGGAUUUCAAGGCACUUUUCACUCAAGUUACCGCUCGGUUCUGAUCUUCUGUUACUUUGUCUUUUAAGCAGAGUAAUAGGACAAGAGACUGAGAGGGAUAAUAAGUUCAUUAUGUGAGAUACACAUGUCUGAAUCGGCUCUUUCUAUAUUUUUCAAGGGGUCUUUCCCGAAGUAUCUAAGUAUAUUUUGUAUGCACCAUUCACAAAAUCCCAAAGUCGAAAAGAUCGGGAUUGAUCUUUGAAAGUAUAAGUAUUUUCCCUUAAUCA